AUGAAGACAGCCCUAGUAGCAGCUAGCUUAUUGCAAUCCACAGUUGGAUUUUCCACAACGCUAAAAUCUGCAAAUGUCAUCUCAUUGCCAGGUUUCAAAACGGGAAGUCAACCCGUCAGUCGCUGCUCCUCGGCACUCCCUUCUACGAUAUCUUCCAAUGAUGACCUGCUACCUGGAAUCUCUGCGAUUGGGGAAGCCAAUGGUCAGCUGUCGGAGCAAUUGGAAGGUCUCAGCGAUUCAAACUACUUUCGGCUGUAUUGUGUGGAUAUUCUUGCAAGUUGCGAAUACAUGCCACAGGAACUAUUUGAAUGCUACAGUGAAACUUGUGAAGUGUAUCCCAUAGAUGAUGAUGAGAUUCCUGAACGUCUACGCACACAUGAUUACAAUGAAAACGAGUUUGAGAUAGACGGCUGGGCGCGAUGGGACAUGCCCAGCAACGACUAUUAUGAUCUAGAACAAUUCCCAGAAGGAUACACUGCCUAUGACGGAUCCUCAGUCUGGAAUUACAUUCACAGCAAGAUUUGUUUUCAGAACUUUGGAUACGAUGAUGAUCAUUGGAAGGCCGACUUCAACAAAGCUGUUUCCGGCUUGCACUCAGUGGUCUCGGCGCAAGUGAUUCGUGGGAUCAACGACAAGGUGGCGAGUGGCGAAGCUUUUGGAGCUGAUGAGGUAUGGACGGAUCCAAAGGCUGAGUUUGCCAGACGAAUGGGAUCCACAGGCGAGACUCCAUUGGCAGUGGAGAAUUUGUACUUUACAUACAUGAUAUUGCUAUCAGCUGUGGGAAGUAUGCGAGGAAAAUUGAUGCAAGAUUGCGAUGCUGGAGUCUUUGAUGCGGAAACUGCUUCUUUUAUAAAGACUGCCAUUUCACUGCCUAUUUUUGAUAAUCCAGCCAUCGGGGUGGCUGCCCAAAAGCUCAGCAAUCAUGCCGUCCAAUCGCCUGGCGAUUUGUGGGAGGCCCGAAUGAGAAGUCGAGAGCUACUGCGGAUAGUAAAUUGUGUUCAGUGUAACAAGUGCCGAUUACACGGAAAAAUUGCCAUGAUGGGCUUGUCCACAGCGCUGCAAGUGCUAGUUGGUGGUCCCAAUGGAAAGAUGCAAGACCCCAAUCAGAUUCGCCGCGUCGAGUUGGCCGCCCUUGUAACAACACUCUACAAGGCUUCGAAAGCAAUCAAAUUGUGUCAGCAAAUGACAGUUUAA